ACUAUACAAAUGCAGUGUUCUUGUAAAGGAGGUGCUGGAGGGUGUUGUAAACAUAUUUCUGCAUUUUUAAUUCUUUUGACAAGAAAAAACCUCUCCGAGCUAGAAAAUAUUUCCCAAACGGAGCUGAGUUGUGCAUGGGCAAAUGUAAAAGGUUCAGUAAUAAAGAAGUAUAAAGCUGUUUGUAUCAAUGAAAUGCCUUGCAUUAAACCAAAUGUGGUACCUGCUAUUACGGUGGACGAAGACAUGAAGAAGACUAUGCUUAACUUCUUUAUUAAAAAACUCCCAAAAUCAGCCAUUGCCAAACAUUUAGAAGGCCGUCAAACUGAAGGGGCAUCAAAUAAUUUGGAAGGCAAUGAAAAUGAUGUUGCUAUACCAUUCAAUUUUACAAUAAUUAUUGACAAUGCUGCACAGUCAAUUCUGAUGAUGAUGUUAAGUUCAUUGGAAUACCAAUUUUCUUUUCCCUGUUGUAAAGCUUUAUAUAGUACCAUCUUAAAUGACUCAGUAUACAACACGGUAAGUUUAUGCCAAAGUUGCACUGACUGGUACAAUGCUCGCCAAUUUCGCAUUACUGGGUCAAGGUGUUACGAAAUAUAUACUUAUAGAGGACUGGAUUGGGAUACCAAAUCAAAGAAAUUCUAUUGGCCAAAAUCCUUUACCAAUAAGUUUGUAAGACAUGGCCUGAAGUACGAAAAAGAUGCUAGAGCUGCUUUUAUAUCUCAAACAGGACAUACUGUGAUUGAAUGCGGCAUGAUCAUUUCUCCCCAAAACAAAUGGCUUGGAUUCUCUCCAGAUGGCAUAAUUAUUGAUACCAAUGGAAAUCCAGUUGCUCUGUUAGAAAUAAAAUGCAUAUAUUCAGGUUCAUCAACUUCAAUUGAAGAUGCUAUCCAGAGCUGCAGUUACAUCACAAAGGAAAAUGGAGUGUAUCGUUUAAAAAAAAAUCACAAAUAUUAUGGUCAAGUGCAAUUUGGCAUGGCUAUAUUAAAUGUUCCUAAAUCCUAUUUGGUUUUAUAUGCAUCAUUUGACAUGUCCCUAGUAAUUAUUGAUAUUGAAUAUAAUUUUGAAUUUACUUGGGAAAUGUUAAGUAAAGUAAAAACAAAUUAUUUUUCCAAAAUGAUACAUGCUAUUUGUGAAAGUAAGAGUGAAUAAAAUUUGAGUUUAUGCUGUACCUAAUAUACAGGGUGCUACAAAUUCGAGGUACGAGCAUUGGUAUCUCGUAUCUCUAUAUAUAUAUCUCUAUAACCGUAUUAGAUACGAAGAUGGUUAAAUUGGGGCAAAGUUGCGCUUUGGGAUGUUCACCAAGAUACCAUCAAAAAAG